AUGAAGCCCCUUGUGGAAGCCGCGAUUGUUGAUGUAUGCAGAAACACAAGGACCUUGCCGUGCAGAAAGAUGGUGAUCGCAGACUUGGGAUGCUCCUCUGGCCCAAAUGCAGUAGCACUGGUGUCGAUCGCCCUCGAGACAACCCGCAACCACUUUCUUCAGUUGCAACAGCCACCUCCGGAAGUCAGUCUACUCCUUAAUGAUCUCCGAUACAAUGACUUCAACGUAGUGGUGAAGAGCCUGGUUGUGCUCCGGCAAAUCAACGAGCCUAUUGUUGUAGCUGGUGUUGUACCAGGGUCAUUCUACGAGAGGCUCUUGCCUAGCGGCUCCGUGCAUCUUUUCUGUUCAUCCAACAGCCUUCAUUGGCUCUCAAAGGCUCCUGAAGAUUUAAGGAUAAAACAAAUCCCUGCAUAUGACAUCGAUGAGAAUGUCAGGCAUGAAAGACUCCCAGUGGUCGCUGGAGCUUAUACACGACAAUUCAGGAAAGAUUUCACACUCUUCCUGAAGCUGAGAGGCAAGGAAUUGGUCCCAGAUAGCCGGAUGGUUGUUUCCCUCGCAGGGAGGCGUUCAGAUGAGCUAGUCACCGAAAUCACUCACGUCUGGGGAACUACAGCUCAGGUUUUAGGCGUCAUGGCCUCAGAGUGUGCCAUUGACAAAGCCAAGUUUGAUUCUUUGUACAUACCGGUAUAUGCACCUUCCCUUAAAGAGCUUAGGGAGAUCAUCCAAGAAGAGGGCUCCUUAUCAAUCACAGAGAUGCGGGUGCACGACCCUGCAAGCGGCAUGGAUAGCACGCUCCUCACCCCAAACAAGAUAGCGAAUUGUAUGAGAGCUGCAUUGGAGCCGAUAAUGGUCCAGCAUUUUGAAUUAUCCGGAGAGGUCAUGGAUGAAUUUGCGAGGACCGCUGAAAGCACUUGA